ACACGCGGUGUAUCAAACGCCGCCCUCAACACCACGUCCUGCAGGGUCAGACUUGUGGCACGUGUCGCUCCCUUUGAAUAAGAACUUGGUAAGUACCCGCCUAACCCCCAGCAUUUUCUGGUUGUAUUCCGCGCCCCAGAUCCAUCCCGGUCGCGUCAUCCGUUUUGGGAUACCCUCUACCAUGGAGCCCUCUGUUUUCCCCAAUGGCCUAGCGACAACCCUGGUGGAUCUCCUUUCCAACUCUUUAGUCCUGCACCAAACCGCACCCUAUCUGCCUCUGUCGUCCCUCUGCGCGCUUUCGUCAACCUCCAAAGCUCUGCACGACGUCAUCCGCCAAUCGCCUGAAGCUUUUCGAUACCUCGACCUGUCUCCCGUCAGAUCCGCCAUUGUGCCCUUCGAUGGGCCACUCGACGGCGGCGGUAUCAGCUGGCGCGCUGAGCGCAUGGACGAAGCUCUAUCCGAAGACGACUUCUACUCCGGCCCGCUGCGCGGUAUUGUCUACAGACUCGAGAAGCAGCGCAUCCUCCGCAAUGUACAUAGCCUCGUGUUGGAUGGUCUGAGUGUGACAGCUGAGUUCGUCAAAGAACUCAUCACCGAAGACCGGUACAAUGUCAGGUUGCUGUCGAUACGCGAAGUCAAGCACUUGAACGAACGCAAGCUUCAGCAGUACCUCAGAUACGCUGUGCGCCCAUCGAGACCUGAGGCUACACCCCGAGUCAAGGGUAUCUACAUGUUCGGGCCCCGCGAACGCCAGUACGAACCAGAGAUACCACGAACGUCGCCUUUCUCCGCCUCUCGCGGCAUUAUGUCUUCGCCGGGCGCUCAAAUCGGUGCAGAAUGGAACCAGAAGUCAUCCGAAGCUCUCAACACUGCGUUGGCACGUACUGAGGACAGAUGGUAUCAGUCCUCUGGCAAGAUGAUUACAAAGCGGCCAUCUCCAGAAUGGGCUGAGGUAGUGCAGGCGUGCGAGGGCCUCAUCUCCUUCGACGCCGUUCUCUGUCGAGGACCACGCCACGACCCAAGCAAUGCCCGUGUCAGAGAAGGUGCAGCCAGCAGCAUGCCACAUCCAGCCUCGUUCCUCAGACCUACUGUUGCGACUGUGGCACUCGGUCCAUCAGGCUGCGAGACCUGUCACUCUGCUUCGGAAGGCCCAGCGAUCUUCGGCGAUUCACCCGCAACUCAGUUCCCUCUCUUGAGUCCCGUACCGCUGCAUGGAAGCACGCUACGUGCUGCUAAGAUUCCACACACCAACGAUGGAUCAGCCCCACCGCCUCUAUAUAUGCGCUGCGAAGACUGUCUGAAAGGCCGUUGGUGUGAGAGAUGCCACAAAUGGUGGGACGAGGCCUGCUACGCUGGAUCAACUGUUGCCCAACGAACUGAACUCCAACAAACCGAGCUUGCGGAGACCUUGGCGACCGAUGGCACGACUGCUAUCAUUCCAAAACAAACCAUCAAGAUCAUCGGCGUUCGACGUGACUGCUUUGGCUGUGGUCACACGUGUAUAAGCUGUAAGGAGCUAUUCAUACGACAAUGCAAGAAAUGUCAGAAUGAGUACUGCAUGGAAGACAACGAUGCAUCAUCUGAUACCUUGUGCGAUUGGUGCAACUUUACGUCACGGCGUACUGUUGAAAUGUACUAGCCGAUACCCACAGGCUUCAUGUGAACACUCGGAGUCUUAAGUAGAGCUCAGUGAUUUGUGUCAGAGAAGAAGUGAUGUAGAUUGGAUGUUCUUACGACCUCAUGGCUGGCGUUUAUAUUGAUACCCCCCUCACUCUUAUUUAGAAUCAUAGUUGCUUUUGAUUUAAAUAGAGAGAAUCUGCGACAGCCAGG